AUGUGGUCUAAAUUAUUAAUUGCAGCUAACGAAACUGUUGCGGAGUUGACCCUAGACCCAAGGUUAAAGCUUUGGGUACUGCUUCCCAUAUCUAUAGUAAUGAUACUGGUAGGAGUCAUCCAGCAAUAUACAAUGGUGUUACUUGGUCCCAAGGUAAAAAGUGCACCCAGGCCUACAAUUACGGAGAAUCAAUACAUAAGUAAGCCAAUUGCUGUUCUGAACAAUGGGGUUAACCUACAUGAGGCGUCUUUCAAAAUAAGACAGCAAUAUUUAGCACAGGUGUUAUCUGAAGGAAAGUACUUGGCUUUAAAGGGCAGAAAUGAUUCAGCGCAGAACAUUUUAACUGAUCCGAAUGUUUCAGAUGCAAUACUGAAUAUGGCAAAAGGCAAUUUAGCGAACUACGUUCCUCAAACACUAAUUAUGUGGUGGGUAAACUAUUUUUUUGCUGGAUUCGUUUUAAUGAAAUUGCCGUUUCCCCUAACUAUUAGGUUCAAAGAGAUGCUUCAGAGCGGCGUAAUGACUCCCGACCUAGAUGUACGUUGGGUGAGCAGCAUAUCGUGGUAUUUUAUCUCGAUGUUUGGUUUGAAGCCUGUCUAUAAUUUGUUGUUUGGAGAUUCUAAACUUGGCGACAUUGAAUUGCCAAUGCAGCAAUUUGUAGGAGGUAGCAUGCCUGGGGGUCCAACUCCAGAAGUUCUCAUGAAAGAUUAUGCUAACGAUUUAACCAUUGCACAGCAUGAAUCAAUAUUUGAAGGUAUAGAAGAAAGGAUUUUAAAUAUGUAUUCAUGA